UCACCGUGGAAACCGAUCAGCCAAUCGGAGCGUGUGGCCCUUCUGGCUGACGCGGCGGGAUCCAGCGUGCAUUGGCGGUGGGCUUCCGCGGGUUCUGGAUAACGGACAGCGAUGCUGAAGGCCAAGAUUCUGUUCGUGGGGCCCUGCGAGAGUGGCAAGACAGUGUUGGCCAACUUUCUGACUGAAUCUUCAGACAUCACUGAAUACAACCCAACCCAAGGUGUGAGGAUCCUAGAGUUUGAGAACCCACAUGUCACCAGCAACAACAAAGGCACGGGCUGUGAAUUUGAGCUCUGGGACUGCGGUGGCGACUCGAAGUUUGAGUCCUGCUGGCCAGCCCUGAUGAAGGAUGCCCAUGGAGUGGUGAUUGUCUUCAAUGCUGAUAUCCCAAGCCACCUAAAGGAAAUCGAAAUGUGGUAUUCUUGCUUUGUCCAGCAGCAGUUCCUCCAAGACAGUCACUGCAUGCUCGUGGCCCACCACAAACCAGGCUCUGGAGGUGACAAGGGCAGCCUGGCUUUGUCUCCCCCCUUGAACAAGCUGAAGCUGGUGCACUCGAACCUGGAGGAAGAUCCCGAGGAGGUCCGAGUGGAAUUCAUCAAGUAUUUAAAAAGCAUCAUCAACUCCAUGUCGGAGAGCAGAGACCGCGAGGAGAUGCUCAUCAUCACCUAGUGGCCCUGUGCCACCACCUCCCAGACGAUGCUGACUUCCCCAGGCAGAGCUGACACCCCACCCAGCUGCUGACACGCCCUUCUCCCUGUGGCUAUAGACGCGUUCCUUAUCUGCUAAAAGGUGCCAGUAAGAGUCAGGCAUGGUGGCACAGGCCUGUGAUCUCAGCUUGUAGGAGGCUGAGGUAAGAGGGCUGAGAAUUCAAGGCCAGCCUGGGCAACAGGUGAAGCCCUUAUCACAACCCCUCUCCAGAAACAAGAAGUACCCUGCCUGUCUGUCUCAGCUGUCACACCAUAAACACAUCCUUCCAGCAACCUUCUUGGUGCUGUUUUCAGGUUGAGCUGUUUGUUGGUGGUUAAGGGAAUGAAAUGGCCAGGAGCAGAGAGAUGAUGUGAUCUCUGAUGUCCCUGACAGCAAAAAGGAUGUGGUGUUUCUUACAGAGAACCCAGCUAGAGCUGCUACUUCCGGACUUACAGACAACAGUGCUGUGGGCUAUAAAGGAAUCAACAGCAGGGACCAUUGAGAUGGCUCAGUGGAUGAGCGCGCUUGCCGCCAAGCCUUACAACCUGAGUUCAAUCCCCAGAUCCCACUUAAAGGUGGAAGGAGCGCUCCGCCCCAUUCAACCCCCCUCCACACACACACACACACACAACACAAUCGCACUAUAUAGAACUUUAAAAAGGAAUGGGCUGGAAAGACGGGUCGGUGGUUAGGAGCACUUGUUGCUAGUGCUGAGGACCUGAGUUUGGAUCCCACAUUGGGCAGCUAUGUCUGUAACUCUAGCUCCAGGAGAUCCAGCCUUUUUCUGGUCCCCAUGGGCACACACACACACACACACACACUCUCAGACUGUGUUAGCUACUUUUCCACCGCUGUGGUAACACACCAUGACCAGGGCAAUUCUAAGAAGAGUUUAUGUGGGCUUCAGGUUCCAGAGAGAUAGUAGUCCAUCAAGACAGGGAGGCAUGGCAGCAGGGACAGGAAACAGAGGCUCAUAUGGAACUGUAGACAUACACCAGAGAGAGCAGACAGUGAGUGGGCCCCCUAACCCACCUCUAGAAACAUAGUUCCUCAAGCAAGGCCACACCCCCUAGAACUCCCAAACAGUGCCACCAACUAGGAGGCAAGUAUUCAAAUGCCCAAGGCUAUGAGGGAAUCUCUUUCAGAACACCACACAAACACAAAUAUACACAAAUAAGUCUUUUUUUAAGGGAGGGGCUCGGCAAAGGACUGGGCCAGCUGUGGGGCUUCACAGUAGGGCAUGUGCUUGAGUCCCCCAGCGGAUUAGAAAUGGAUCACUGUUUAGCAUGUAGGAGACCUUCAGUUCCAUUUCUAGAAAAAGAAAAAACUCAACAAUACAAAGUGUCUUUGGUUUUUCGAGACAGGGUUUCUCUGUGGCUUUGGAGCCUGUCCUGGAACUAGCUCUUGUAGACCAGGCUGGUCUCGAACUCACAGAGAUUCACCUGCCUCUGCCUCCCAAGUGCUGGGAUUAAAGGCAUGCACCACCACCGCCCGGCUACAAGGUGUCUUUUUAAAGAAAUACAAGGGGUUAGGGAGAUGGCUCAGUUGGUAGAGCACUUGAACUUGCAAGCAUGAGGACCCAAGUUCAAUCCCCUAAUCGAGUGUAAAGAUGCUGGCAUUGUGGCAUGUACUGGGGAGCCAGAGCACUGCUGGCCAGCCAACCUAUUCUGUUCUGUGAGCUUCAAGCCCAUGAGAGACCCUGUCUCAAAUAGAAGGUGUGGGCUGAGUGAUCAAUCCACUUGCCACAUGAGCAGGUGGUGAGGACUGGGUUUAGAGUCUCGGAACUCAUAAAAGUCAGGCAAGUGUGACCGCUUGAUGUAAUCCCAGUAUGGGAGAAGCAAAGACAGGACCCCCCCCAGGGCAAACUGGCUGACUGGACAAGCUGGGAUCAACCAACUCUGGGUUCAGCUCAAGACCCUGACUUAGUAAGUAAAGUGGAUCAAGGAAGAUGUCUCUCAUCACCUUUGGGCUCUGAUGGCGCACGCACUCACACACACACACUGAGGCAUGUACACAGAAAAGUGGAUGUGCCUGAAGGACUGAUCACCAACGCUGUGCCCUGGACUUCACACCCAUGUGCACACACAUGCAUCAUACAAAGGAAACUGGUUAUCUUGGCACAUGCUUGUUGUAAUCACAGCUGGCAGGAAGUAGAAGCAGAAGAAUAGGGACUUCAAGGCUAACCUGGGCUACUUAGACUCUGGAUCAUUUCUAAACAAGCAGACACCGUGUGCAUGAGAUAGAUCACUGGUGAAAAUGUGACAGGCUAGCAGGAUUGGGUCCCAGCGUUCACCACGGUCACCAUUCUGGGUAACUUGAAGAAACGUUGUUCAUGUCGACAAGAAAAGGCUAGUGAGAUGGCCCAGCAGGUGAUGGCGUGUGCUGCCAAGCCUGGUGACCCGAAUUUGAUCUGCAGAAUCCAUACGGUGGCAGGAAAGAGCCAACUCCUGCAAACUGUCCUCUGACCUCCACAUGCACACCCCGCAGCACGCUUGCAAGUGUCCUCGGGCACACACAUAGUCACAGAAAAUAAAGUAUGAUU